ACUUCAGCUCUGCCAGCCUCUUCCUGGUGGAGGCGGGUGCCACCAAGCCUGUGGGAGAUGGGAUGACUCAGGCUUCAUCUCUCCCCCGCGCUCCCACGUCAGCUGCCUGUGCCCUUUGACCUUUUUGAUGCCAAGGUCAAUGGAUCAGGGAAGGUCACAGCUUCUCCAGGACAGUCCCUCCGCCCCGGUCAAUGUCACCGUCAAACACCUGAAGGCCAACUCGGCCGUGGUGAGCUGGGACGUUCUGGAAGACGAGGCGGUGAUUGGAUUUGCCAUCUCUCAGCAGAAGAAGGACGUGAGGAUGCUCCGCUUCAUCCAGGAAGUGAACACGACGACGCGGUCGUGCGCACUGUGGGACCUAGAGGAGGACACGGAGUACAUCGUCCACGUGCAGGCCAUCUCCAUCCAGGGCCAGAGCCCCGCCAGUGAACCGGUCCUCUUCAAGACCCCCCAUGAGGCCGAGAAGUUGGCCUCCAAGAAUAAAGACGAGGUGACGAUGAAGGAGAUGGGGAACAAGGACCAGCAGCUGAGGACGGGCGAGGUGCUCAUCAUCGCAGUGGUUCUGUUCAUGUGGGCGGGAGUCAUAGCCCUCUUCUGCCGGCAGUAUGACAUCAUCAAGGACAAUGAGCCAAACAACAAUAAGGAAAAAGCCAAGAGUCCGUCGGAGAGCAGCACCCCAGAGCACCAGGGCGGGGGCCUCCUGCGCAGCAAGUUUCCCAAACAAAAGCCCUCGGUGAACAUCAUUGAAGCAUGACCGCCUGCCUGCCUGCCUGCCUUCCUGCCUGCGGGAGAAGGCCUCCCCACCCCACUGCUCCGUCUCCGCACGUCCCGGGGGGGACGGGGGGACAGGGGCCCGCAGAGCAGCUUGGAAAGAGAACAGCCACCGCUGAACAUUCCCGACCCCCCGACCUGUCCCUGCCCGGGGAUGGUGGCUCCUCAGAAAGCCGAAUCCUGCAAAAAAAAAAAAUGAAAGGCCCGAUCCUGAGGAAGAGAAGGCUCUGAAAACAGUUUGGUGGGCUGGGCAACCCCAGAAAGCUGAAUCCUGCAAAAAAAAAAAAAAAAAGGCCCAACCCCGGGGAAGGAGAAGGCUCUGAAAACACUCUGGUGGGCCGGGUGACCCCAUGUCCGGCUCCGGCUCCCCUGGGCCCCUCCUCUCCCACCAGACCAAUCUUCUGCCUUCGGCUCCCUUCAGGCCUGAUCUUCCCUUCCAGGGAAAUGCACAACGUUUUCUGAGAUUUCCUGCCUUUCGGUCUCCACUCCCUAGGGACCAGACCGAGCCUGGCCGUGCCCGGCCUCCGACCCACACCCCUGCGACUCGAGGUCCAGGGAUACAGAAGCAGGCGGAGUUUUGCAGGGGGUGUGGACCUGAUGGCCGUUCAUUUCUUCCCCAGAGGAUUCCAAGGCUCCUCUCUGGGUGAGGGCAUCGGGGGGACUGCCAUCAUCACCCCAUCUCACCUCGCUGUCUGUGCUCCUGUGCCCCGUGUCUCUGUGUCUCCAUCACUAAUGAGCAGGCUGGGAUCUCCAGCUCCAUCAGAGGCCAAAGGGGAAGGCAGGGGUGAGAAGAACACAAGAGCCCAGGCUUGUGUCUCCAUCUCUGGAACGAAAUUCCACUGGCCCCAUCGACCCGGCAGCCUGGUGGCUCUGGUUUGAGGCCCAGCCUGGACUGGGCCAUUCGUCGGCUCUUUCCUAGGGCUUGGAGAGCACUGGGAGGGAUGGGGCGGGGCAGGCCUGGCCUCCUCUCUCUCUCCCCACCGCCACCGCCCUCUCCACCUCAUGACACCACCUUGUCCGGGGCUGAGGGAAAGCCACUGCCUGACGCCGGCGUCGCACCUCCAGGUCCUGGAGGCAGAGCAGGACCAGGGGUCUCUCGCUCACCUGAUUCACACCCAACCCCCCGUGGGGACCACACGUCAAGGUUACCAGUGACCGAUGGUGCUCGCAAUGAUGGGUAGGGAGUGUGGAUUGAAGACACCAAAGGAGAGAGGGGUCUAGACUAACAGGUCUAAGGUGCGAGGACCCUCUGUACCCUAUGUGGCACUGCCACCAGAGAGUAAGAGGCAGGGCAGCGGGUACCCACGAGAGCACCCAAGCCAGGGGGCUGCGGGUCCCUGCCCACAGACCGAAGCUCCGUCUCGACAACCUUAAGAAGCUCUCACUAGCCUAGGCCUUCACCGUCUCCAUACUCUUCUUCAGCCUUCCCGGAGCGGUGCGCGUAGGAGGGAGGUGGUGAGACUUAUCCCGAGGAGGGAUUUCAACAUCAAGGGCUUCCCCAGUGCCAGCGAGGGAAGGGAGGGUUCAAAUCCAUUGUCGUGUAACUUCCAUCCUUGCUGAACGGGGGGCUAGGAGGCGAGCCUCCUUAGGGGAGAGGGCAAUACCUCUUGAUCCAGUUAGAGCAAUAACCGAUUUUUAAUGUACAAUAAAAAACAAAAAA